AUGCGCAUCAAGCCCUCCCACCAAAUGUCAGGGAACAGCUCGGCAAAGUGUAAGAAACAUACCUGGAGAACUUACCGACGUCAUCGCCAUUCCUGGCGACUUACCAACGUCACUACCGUUCCUAGAGAACUCACCGACGUCCUCGCCGUUCCUGGCGAACUCACCGACGUCCUCGCGUUCCUGCGAACUUACCGCUCCGGGUUGGCUGGCGAGGCGGAGAACGUGGCAGCGUCCGUGCUGGCUUGCUGCUGCGGACUUUCCGGCAGGCGGUUCCUCCAUCUUGCAUCAAAUCAGGUUCGAGGUUCCUAUGUAGACUGGAAAAUGUUACGUGAUGUGAAGAGACGAAAAAUGGCUUCUGAGUAUGCAGAUGAGAGACUUCGGAUCAAUUCUCUCAGAAAGAACACCAUUUUGCCAAAAGACCUUCAGGAAAUGGCCAGUGAAGAAAUUGCUGCCCUUCCACGGGAUAGCUGUCCUGUGAGAAUCAGAAAUCGCUGUGUUAUGACAUCCCGUCCACGUGGUGUAAAGCGUCGCUGGAGGCUUAGUCGCAUUGUCUUCCGCCACUUAGCUGACCAUGGGCUACUUUCUGGAGUUCAGCGAGCAAUAUGGUAAAUCGGUUUCAGAACUUACUCAGCUGCCCGGGAAGCCAAUCCUUGCAAAAGAGACUUUACUAAUAGACUGAAGUUUUUAUCGGGUCUAGUAUGUUUAGUCUACCUGAUAUUGUUGACAGUUAAAUUACUUUUAGAUUUUUAAAUAACGAAAUGUGGUGAUUUGUCAUUGAAUUGUCUUUUCUCUUUAAUUUUACAAUAGGCAUAUUACAAGGGAUGAGUGGAAUAAAAAUAAUUUCUGUGGAAAAAAA